ACAUCAUUUCAAAUUUUCAAUUUGGACUAAGAUAAUCCGUAAACCAUGCCUCGCUACCCGCCUUUUCCGCCGUUCGGAUCACCAGGGUGCGGACCACCGCCACCAAGGUGCGGACCUCCGCCACCAAGGUGCGGACCACCACCACCAAUGUGCGGACCACCGCCACCAAUGUGCGGACCACCGCCACCAAUGUACGGUCCACCGCCACCAAGGUGCGGACCACAAGGAUACGGACCACCAUGGUGCAGGGCGCCAGGUCCAUCAAAGCCUUCUGAUGAAGUGAAACCUCCGGGUCCGAAUACUCCCAACGGACCUAAUGGUUCUGAUGAAGUGAAACCUCCUACAGGUUCGAUUCCUAGUAGUGGUAAUAAUGAAGUGAAACCUCCAACUGGUCCGAAUCCUGGCGCUGGCGCAGAAUCUGACCCGCCACUGUACUAGAAAAAAGAGUCCCAUAUGUUAACUUUAAUAAUUUGUGCUUCUUGAUGGUUGCACUUAUCCGCUAAUAUUAUGUACUACAGUUUGUAAGGCUGUUUGCACCAAACUUCAUCUGAUUUACAUAUGUAAAAUAUUAAUGAAUAAUAAAAGUUCCAAAAAUC